UAAUAUUUUGGAGAGUUUUGUUGUAUAGGUUAUGAAAUUUGCAAAAGUAAAUAUCUAAAAAAUUUGGUUCGUUUAAAAUUGGUUUUAAUCUAGAAAUGCUGUGUACUAUAUAUUAAAAACUUUCUCAUCUAAUCAUAAAAUCAUCAACAUGGAAGACUCCGAUAUAGGUGUCCAGCCUUUAUCGACUGGCAGGUCUCGUCGUGAGAAGAAAGACAAACACGGUCGUCUGGCGGCUCUAGAUCGUCUUCGUAAAUUGAAGGGUGCCAAAAACAAAUACGAGGUAUCAGAUAUUGAUAAUGUGUAUGAGGAGGUUGAUGAGCGUGAAUACUCUGAAAGGGUUCUGCAACGCCAGGAGGAUGAAUUCAUUGUUGAUGAUGAUGGCGCCGGCUACGCGGAAGAUGGCCGCGAGAUAUUCGACGAAGACAUCUACAUGGAGGAGAGCGAGGCAUCGCGUCAGAAGGGGGGAAGCAAGGCGUCGGGACGCGGUCGUAAACGGGAGCCAAGUGACGUUGAUGGCGAGGCGUCCAAACGGGCUAAAAGCGGUGACAUUCGCAAACUCAUCGGCAAUAUUGCGCACAUUCCGUCCAAAAAGAAGACCGAGGCGAAAAAAUUGGACGAGGAUAGUCAUCUACAGGAGAUAUUGAAGGAUUUCAACCCCCUAGACAAUGAACAAAAUAGAAGAGCGGAAAAACAAUUUUCAAAUAUAUCAACUAAGGAUUAUUUGAAAAGUUUCGCUCCAGUUCAAAGUAGAAAAAUGGAAACCUUUUCUCCGGCUAGACAAAUAACUAUUAAUAGAAAUAAGAAUAUUUCUCCGGCAGUUGCAAAUGGAGUAUCAAAUAAACUACCGGAAAUAAGACCAAUGCCAGUGAGAAUAAAAAGAGAGGUGGUUGAUCAUAAUCUAGAGCAGUACGAUGAUCAUGGCGAUGACUUUGGACUAGCUCUUGACGAUUUUAAUGAGGACGAUAUAAAAGACCUCCCUCCCCAUAUACCGGACAAGAAAGAAGACGACACCACUGAUAGAAAACAGAAGGAGAAUGAAUUGUCUGCAAACAUUAAAUUGGAAGAAGUGAAGAAGGAGCAGAAUACAGAUGUGGCGAAAACUGAGUUGGAGUUAGAAAUGGAUUUUGGAAUGGAUGAAUUCGCGGGAGAGGCAGACGCUUGGAUGACAGAGGAACACGCGCGUCUCGAAAAGCAGCCACAAAAAACUGAAUCAGUGGAAUCGAAAAAUUUUGAUGAUGACUGGGAGAAGAUUAUAAAUAAUACUGAAAGCAAGGAAGAAAUAGGCGAUCGUAAUUGCAAACCGGUAGAUAAUUCUAAGUUACCUCUCAUAGAAACUGAGAAGAAGGAAAAGGUUAUUUACUUUUACUACCUAGAUGCUCAUGAUGAGUAUUUCCUGCAACCUGGUACAGUUUUCCUGUUCGGGAAAUUGUGGGAUGAGAAGGAAAAGUCUUGUCAGAGUUGUUGCGUUACUGUGAAAAACAUUUAUCGGAAAAUUCUGCUAUUGCCGAGAGAAAAGAAAAUCAACAUACAUUCUGGAAAAAUCUCCGACGAUCCUGUCUCAAUGAAAGAUGUGUAUGAAGAAUUCGCCAAAAGUGUGUCUGCUAAAUAUAAAAUUCUGGACUUCAAGUGUCGUACUGUCACCAAAAGCUAUGCUUUCGACAUGAAUGAAAUUCCUCUCGUAUCUGAGUAUCUUGAAGUGAGAUAUCCGGCUAAAUACCAAAAACUGCCCAACGAUUUGCAUGGUGAAACGUUCUCACAUGCGUUCGGCAUGAACCGCAGUUUUGUCGAGCAUCUUCUGGUUGAAAAAAAGAUAAAAGGACCGCGCUGGAUGGCUAUCAAGAAUCCUGCGCCUGUUUCAAAUCAGAUGACUUGGUGUCGCUAUGAGGUUACCUGUUCGGACAGUGAUUUGAUCACAGUUUUCGAUGACGAUGCAGUUUUGAAACAGUUGGGCGAGCGCUCCGCUCCACCAAUCACAGUUCUCACAUUGUCCGCGAGGGUCGCAUGUUCGCCCAACAAACGCUCCGGAGAGUUUGUCAGCAUUGCUUGCCUAGUCAGCAAAAAUUUCCCCCUCGAAGGAGCAGCGCCCAAACAGCAGUUUCAGCAACAUUUUAGCGCUGUGACGAAGCUAUCGGACAAACCCUGGCCGCUGAACAUGGGCAAGCUGGAGCAAUACACGCAAUCGUUGAAGCUGGACAAAUGCGAGUCGGAGCGAACUCUGCUCAACUAUUUCAUGGCGCGCUUCUACCGCAUCGAUCCCGACCUGAUCGUCUGUCACGACUUCGCCGACGCCGAUCUCAAUCUGCUCAUCAAGAAGUUGCUCGACCACCGCAUCGCGCACUGGUCGCGCAUCGGUCGUUUGCGGCGCACCAAACGGCCGCAACUCACCAAUGUGGUGCGCACUGUAAUGUGUGGUCGACUGGUGUGCGACCUGAAGGCCACCGCGCGCGAACUCAUCAAGGCGCGCAGCUAUGACCUGGACACUCUCUGCUGUGAUGUGCUGCACUUGAAGGAAGGCCAGAAGGACUGCUACACGCCCGAUGAGGUCUACAAUGCUUUCAAUGACAUUGAUUCGCUUAUAAAGCUGUUGAGAGCCACUCUGCUUGACGCGUCCUACAUUCUGAAACUCAUGUGCGAACUCAACGCUUUGCCAUUGGCUUUGCAAAUAACAAAUAUUGCAGGUAACGUGCUCUCGAGAACCUUGACUGGAGGUAGAUCUGAGCGUAACGAGUUCCUCCUGCUCCAUGCUUUCGAGGAUAAAGGAUACAUUGUACCUGAGAAAAUUUAUAAAUCCAAGGAAAACGCCGUUAAAGAAGAAGAAGACUGUCUGGAGGGACCGUCGAGCGGUGGGGCGGGGGGUCCAGGGGGCCGACAAAAUGCCACAUCAGCAAGACGCAAACCGGCCUACGCGGGGGGUCUGGUGUUGGAGCCAAAGCGCGGUCUCUAUGACCGGCUGGUUCUCCUCAUGGAUUUCAACUCGCUCUAUCCCAGCAUCAUACAGGAGUACAACAUUUGCUACACUACUAUCGACAGGCAACAGUUGCAGGAAGACGAUGACAUUCUCACACUGCCUCUGCCCGGGCCUGAUGUAAAGGCGGGCGUUUUGCCCUCUCAGAUUCGUCAGCUGGUCGAGAGUCGAAGAGUCGUCAAGAAUCUGAUGAAACAAACCAACAUUUCGCAGGAUCAACGAAUGCAGUAUGAAAUUAGACAGCUUGCUUUGAAAUUGAUGGCGAAUAGUAUGUAUGGAUGCUUGGGAUUCGCUCAGUCUAGAUUCUGCUGUAAACCGCUUGCUGCUCUUGUCACAGCUAAAGGCCGUGAAAUUUUGAUGCGAACUAAAGAGUUGGUGGAAAAUCUGGGAUUCGAAGUUGUUUAUGGUGACACCGACUCUCUGAUGAUCAAUACGAAUACACUGGACUAUGCUAAUGUCAAGAAAAUUGGUCUCAAGAUAAAAGCCGAAGUGAACCGUCACUACAAGCAGUUGGAACUGGACAUUGACGGCAUUUUCCGGUGCCUGCUGCUCUGCAAGAAGAAGAAGUAUGCGGCCAGUGUGAUUGUCGGACAGGCACCGGACGGCAGUCUGCAGACAAAGCAGGAGAUAAAGGGCCUCGAUGUCGUCCGCCGAGAUUGGUGUCGUAUGUCGUCCGAGGCCGGAAAGUUCAUCCUGGCGCAGAUCCUGUCUGACCAAGACAGCGACGAGCGAGUGGCGAACAUCCAUCAACACCUCACCCAGCUGCGGGCCGACCUGGAGGCGGGGGGACGGGUGCCACUGCAGCUGUUGACCAUAGGCAAGCAGCUGGCCAAGGAAGUGGCUGCCUACCAGGGAGGCGGCAGAGGGGGCGGUACCAAUCUGCCCCAUGUGCUGGUGGCGGCACGCGCCAACCAACGCAAACCCAGCCGGUUCAAGGCCGGCGAUGUUGUGCAUUAUCUCAUCUGUCAGGAUGGAACAACAAAUGCAGCCACCCAAAGAGCCUACUUGAUCGAAGAGCUGAAAAACAAUCCUGAACUGAAGAUAGACGUCAACUAUUAUCUGGAACAGCAAAUUCUGCCAGUCAUAUCAAGAAUUUGCGAACCCAUCCCCGGGUGCGAACCUGCUAGAAUUGCCCAGAGUUUGGGUCUUGAUUAUGCAAAGCUAGAGAAAAUGGAAGCUGUUAAAUAUGAUGAUGAUACAACUGGAUAUAAUAAACAGCUAAAACAACAGCACUCUUUCGAACAUUGUGAAAAGUUCUCUUUCAAUUGUGUGAAGUGUGGAACGGCUAAUGUAAUGGAAGGUCCUACGAAAACUCUGGAAAAUGGAGUGGAAAUCCUCUGUUUGAACCGGUGCUCUAACAGUGAGUGUGCAAUUCAGCCGAAGCAAUAUCUGCCGAGAAUAAGAAACAGUCUGACGCUAUUCAUGAGGGGUUUCGUCAAAAAGUACUAUACGAGCUGGCUAGUGUGUGAGGAUCGUUACUGUUUGAACAGAAGUAGAUCGAUCUGGAUGAAACGCAUCAACGGACAACCGGUUUGCGAGAAUUGCACUAAGCACGACCCACCCAACGUUAUGAAACUUGAGUACACCGAAUACGAAAUCUACACACAACUGAUCUACCUGCAGAAAAUAUUCGAUCUCUCGAAAGUGCCUUCAUCGAUACGAAUUGAACCGGAAGUGCAGAAAGCUUACAACCUCCUGGAAGAAGAUGUCAAAAAAAUAUUAAAACUGAAUGGAUACGCAUUUGUCAACCUUUCCAACCUGUUUCUACCACUCAGUAUGCUGAAGAUAGAAAAAUAAUGAAUUCUUCAUGUGUUGUGAGCGUGGAAACAUCUAAUGAAACGUAGCUUCCGCUUAAAAAAAAUAGCAACUGAGAUGCUUUUACUUUUUACUCUUUUUAACAAAAAGAUUCGUUACUUUUUUAGCUACCUAUCCAUUGUUGCACAUAAAACUAGAACUCUCUUAAUUAUAAUCAAACGAAUAAUGUUUGAAACAUUUUACAUUUGUGAAGUAAAGGUUGCUGUUAUGUUAUUGUAAAUAUUUACCUUGCAAACUUCAUAAUUCAAAAAAAUACUAUUCGCUAUGUAGUUUUUUUUAUAUUGAUUAUUAAUUGAUUCACUUGAAUUGUCGCUUUUCAAAUGUUUGGUGCCAUUUUUAAAAAUAGAUCAAUUCAUUUUUAAAAGUUUUAAAAGUGUUGUAAUAGCUACACUUAUAAAAAGUUAUGGCCACUUCGAUUUUUUCCUGUUUCGUUUUUCAUUUCAAUGACUCAAAUUCAGGGUAUAUAUUAUUAUUAAUCACAAUGUUGUAUCUUGUUUUUUAUAAUAUGGAAGAUUUUCAUUAUUAAGGAGUUGUUUAUUUUAGAUUAGACUGAUAUAUUUUAAAAGUCAGUACCAUUGAUUCGGUUAACAUGCUAAUAAAGUUUAAAAUCUUUCAAUAUAUAAAUGUCUUUAUCCACAUCAAAUAAUGGUGGAAAUCCUUGAAUAUUUUGAAGACAAUCUUGACAAUGCAUUAUGUGAUCAUUUGAAGUGAGAAUCAACAAUAUUAAAUAGUUGAUGUUCUCAUUUCUUCUGAUCUUCCUAAUGCUUUUCUCUUAUGUCAAUUGUAGCCUGUCCAUUUCUAGUUCCAAAAAAAUGUUUAAAUAGAUUUGUAAUUGAUGACUACUUGGUUGAUUUUUAUGAAUUAAAUUUACUUCAUUUCCUGUUAUCAUUACUUCAUUUCUUAUUACUAAAUUAUUGCUUUUUUCAAAUUGAAAUUUGUAGAGAACAACCGCGUCAUUUUCAAACUAAGAACCAAUCCUGACCAAGGUAGCGCACAUAAGUUACGUUCAUCUAUCUUAUCUGUCAUUAUAUUUGUUGUGUGACUCAAUCAUUUAACACUACAAACCUUUCUCAAUUUCAUGUGUUUAUAUUCUGUGACAAUAAUAUCUAGAUGAAUAGUUUUAUAUAUUACAAAUUUGUAAAAUACAAUUUUAUAAAAUGAGUUUC